AUGAGCCUAUCAAAAUCUGAGAGACAAUCGAUUAUAUUAAAUGAUGCAAGAGGAAUUCAGCAUCCAUUAUAUUAUGUAUCAACAAGUAAAGAUGGAAAAAUUUAUGUAAGAAAAAGACGAGUUCCAUUAACGAAUUCGGAAACUGAUAAAAUUGAUAUUAAACCUCCUCCAUCUGAAACGAAAUCAGAGCCUAAUCCAGGACCUUCGGUCUUGGCGCAGAGCGCCGAAAUAAAAUCAGAACCUAAACCAGAACCUAAACCCGAUGUACUUUCGAUAACGAAUCAAGAAUUAAUAGCUAAAUUUGUAAAUUUCAUUGAAAAGCAAACGGAAUCAAAAAAUCCAGACCCACCAGUAAAAGAACAGGAAACCAAAAUUAAUGAAGAGUUUGUUAAAAACGUAAAACAUGAAAUUAUUGAACAAAAGAAACAAAUUCCUCAACUAAGAAGAAGAGUUAGAAUAUUAAACUAA